CGUGUGUGCGUGUCCCAGUGCUUGCCCUCCCCCUCCCGCCCCUGAUUGGAUAAUUCGCCUUCGCAGCCGCUGGCGGCACCAGCUUCAAAGCAGCCGGGGCCAUGGCGGCCUGCCCCGCCGUCGGCCUGAGCGUGCCCUGGGCGCCUUGAGUCAGGCAGUCAGCCCUACGAGCAGCUCGACUCAAAAAGGCCAUGGAGCGUCGUGACGUGGUGCUGCUGGCCGUGCUGGGCCUGGUGGCGCUGCUGCUGCUGCUGGGCGCCGGCGCCGCCGCGCUGUGGUGGGUGCGGCGCAAGCGCAAGCGCGAGGCCGACGAGGAGGCCGCCGCCAAGGAGCCCGUCAAGCAGCAGCGCAACAACGGCUUCCUCUCCCUCAAGACGCCCCUCAUCUCCACCAAGACGCUGGGGGAAACAGUUCUGCCCUGUGCCUUCCUGGGGCUCCCCAUGGGCAGAGCUCAGUUAGAGACGGCGGGCACCGCGGGCUCCAAGAGCCCUGCCGGCUCUGCGGCGGGCUCCACCUCGGCCGCCGGAGACCCGAAGGGCGCCGCAGCGGCAGCCAGCGGCGCGGCGGGGGCGCAGAACAAGCAGCUGCAGAAUGUCAAGGGAGACCACCCAUCGAUGGCCUUCCUGCAGUCCCGGUCCAUCUCACUGGUGGACAUGUACAUCGACAACUCGGAGCCGUCAGAAAACGUCGGCCAGAUCCAUUUCAGCCUGGAAUACGACUUUCAGAAUACUACCCUCAUCCUCCGGAUACUUACCAGCGAUAAUCAAAAGUAG